CCCCCCGAGCCCGAAAUCGACGAGGUGUUCGAUGUCUGGCGCCCGCCAUCACAGCGCCGCCUCUGGGAGGCGGGGACGUGUUCGGUGCGUAACGAGGACGGCGAGCUCAUCCCGUUCUCGGACCUGUUCCCGAAAUGGGACGACACUCCGAGCAACGGCCCCCCGCCGCGCGUCAUGUUGGUGUUCCUCCGCCAUUUCUGGUGCGGGCCGUGCCAAGAUUACACACUUGAAAGCAUCAGCACCCUCGACACCAAGCUCCUGGCCGCUCACAACAUCAAGGUGUAUGUCAUCGGCUCCGGGCACUGGAAGCUCCUCAAGCCGUACCGAACUUUAUUCCAGUGCCCGUUCCCGUUCUUCACGGAUGGCCCGCGACGUCUGUACAACCUGCUGGGC